GCAAAGACCAGGAGAGCCUUUCCUUUUCUUCCUCCUGCUGUAAUUGGUCUCCUGCCUGCAGGCUCUCUGCACGCUGCACACGCCCCCUUGUGGCGGGCAGCAGGAGCGCAGGCGCCGCGGGGGGUUUAAAAGCCUCAGCUGAGGAGGAGCUGCCCACAGUGCUGAGGAGCUCUACCCGGGAAAAGUUUACCUCCAACUAUCACACUCAACUAAAAGCACGGAGAAACAGCAGAGAUGGCAACUCAAGCCCAGCAGCCGCCCCACCUGCACCUGGCGGAGAUCACAGCCGCGCAGUUCAUCGACAUCUGGAAACACUUUGACGCAGACGGAAAUGGCUUCAUCGAAGGGAAGGAGCUGGAGAACUUCUUCAAAGAGCUGGAGACUGCGAGGCGAGGAGCGGGCGUGGAUCCUACAAAUGCUGCGUUCAAAGAAAAGAUGAAGGAGUUCAUGGCUAAAUUUGACCAGAACGAGGAUGGGAGAAUUGAAAUGUCAGAGCUGGCUCAGCUUCUGCCCACAGAAGAAAACUUCCUGCUCUGUUUCAGAGAGUUUGUGGGAUCCAGUGCUGAGUUCAUGGCUGCCUGGCGGAGGUAUGACACCGACCGAAGUGGAUACAUUGAGUCCAAUGAGCUGAAGGGCUUCCUGUCAGACCUGCUGAAGAAGGCUAACAGAGACUAUGAUGACAAGAAGCUCAAUGAGUAUACAAAGACAAUUCUGAGGAUGUUUGAUCUUAACGGUGAUGGUAAGCUGGGCCUUUCUGAGAUGGCGAGGCUCUUGCCAGUCCAGGAGAAUUUCCUGCUGAAGUUUGAAGGUAUCAGGCUCACAGUUAAGGAAUUUGACUCCCUCUUCACCUUCUAUGAUAAGGAUGGCAAUGGGUAUAUUGACGAGCAGGAGCUCGAUGCUCUGCUGAAGGACCUCUGUGACAAGAACAAAAUGGACGUGGACCCUUCAAAAGGACUCGGGGACUACAAGAGGAGCAUCAUGGCCCUGUCUGAUGGAGGGAAGCUGUACCGCACUGAGCUGGAGAUCCUCCUCUGUCGGGACUCCGCGCUGUGAGCUCCCCGUCCUCCUCCCCCAUUGCCUCCUGCUUCCUACCUCCUGAUGUAACCUGGUGCAUGUGUGACCCUUAACCUCGCUUCACCACUUAGAGUGAAAACAAAAGUGCUCAUGAAAGAACAGAGUGUAACGCUGGCCCUGCUACCUUAGCUUCGUACCCCUCUUCAGUUUUUCCUCUUUUAGGAAAUGCAUUACAAUAGUAAAAUAGCCAUAGCAAUGACUGAAGGAAUAUUUUGUGUAUUUAUUUAUUUGACUUCCAGUUUUUAAUAUGCAUUUUUUUUACAUUAAUAUAAUAUCUAUAUGUUCCUCUCCCAAUGAAUUUUCUGUAGCAACUGUUUAUUUGUUUUAUUAAUCUGUAUUUAUAUUAUAUAAUCUUAUUUAACGAGGCUUGUACUGUUCCAUCAAAUAUAUU